AUGUUCUGUCUACGAAGCUGGCUACCUCUCCUUUUUAUCCCGACCAACGCCUCCCCGCUCUUCAUCAUCUCGUUUGUUGCCUUGACAUACAUCAUCCACCGGCCAUGUAUCUACUGCUCCGCAUUGCUCCUGAUCCUCUUCGUCUCGUCAUGUCAUUGGUCGGACCGAUGCAUCUUUGACCUACGAAGUAAUUGGUUUGCACCACGCUAUACCUCAGAACCUGGCGAUUAUGCUAUCUCGGGCAACGCAACAUCCGAAGCGACAGUGUCUGGUGAGGGUCUGACGGAAUUUGUUUUCGAUACUAUGAACUCCACCGCCAAAGCCUUGGCUGGUGCUGCGUUGGAGGGCGUCCAGCAACGACUUUCCCCCAGUGGAAUGGAGUCAAGGCCCAACGAGUGGACAGGAGUUGGGUUGGAGUGGGUGCGCAGCCUCUUGGGGAGACGGGAAUGGACUCUUCCAUGUGUCGAUGUCAAAGUUCGACUAUGA